CUUGCAAGCAAUGCGUCUUACAACUGUAAACACCUAUUUGCUAUCAUUCCGAUAAGCGAUUGACCAGUGACAUUCUUCCUCUAGCCCGGCUUACCUUCACUUUACCUUCGACUUUGCUGGGAAGACACCAGACCUCUGUCGCGGCCAUCGCGAUGGCGUGGCGACGGCAUUUACUCGUCGCAAUUGCACUUUUAGCGACAUUAGGGCUUGUAGUGGGCAAGGUCCGCGUCAGGGAGCCGUUGAUGCGUCGCGUGCUGUACGAUGAGCCCAACGCGCACCUGAAGCAGCUGGCAAAGAUCAGCGACACGGAGGGCUCGCUGGCGCGCACCUUCUUCUCGCCCGCACACCGCAGAGCCGCGCAGCAGCUGAUCCGCUGGAUGCAGGACUGCGGCAUGGAGACCUGGGCGGACGCGGUGGGCAACGUGCACGGCCGCAUCCGCUCCGCACGCGAUGGGGCGCAGGAGCUGCUGCUGGGCUCGCACUACGACACGGUGCUGGAUGGGGGAGCGUACGACGGCGCGCUGGGCAUCCUGGUGGGUCUGGCUGCGGUGAAGGGCAUGCUGCUGACGGAGCUGAUGCAGCGGGACAUGCUGGACCGGCUGCAGGAGCAGGAGGGUGGUGAGGUGGUGAUCUCCGCCUCCCUGGCGUCCUCGCUCAUGAAGCAGGGCGCGGUGCACCUGGUGGCCUUCGCGGACGAGGAGGGAGUGCGCUUCCAGUCCACAUUCCUGGGCAGCCGCGCAGUGGCCGGCACGCUGCUCCGGCACGACAUGCUCGCCGCCAAGGACCACUCGGGCGCCACCCUGGAGCAGGUGCUGCGGGAGGAGGGCGGCCUGGCCGACCCGCGGGUCGCUGUGGCCGCCGCGGCGCUCAACCCCGCCCUCAUCGCCGAGUACGUGGAGGUGCACAUCGAGCAGGGGCCGGUGCUGGAGUCCAAGGGGCUGCCGCUGGGGGUGGUGGUGGGCAUUGCGGGGCAGACGCGGCUGUGGGUGCAUGUUAACGGCACGCAGGGGCAUGCUGGCACGGUGCCCAUGGCGGGCAGGCGGGAUGCGCUGACGGCGGCGGCGGAGAUUGUGCUGGCGAUUGAGAGCAUGUGCAACAAGACGCAGUUGGAGGGUGGCGUACGGCAGCCCCAAGACGACAGCCUGGUGUGCACCGUGGGCGAGCUGCGGGUGUGGCCCGGCGCCUCCAACGUCAUUCCCGGCUACGCGGGCCUCAGCGUGGACUUGCGCAGCAAGAACAACACGCAGCGUCACGAGCUGGUGCGCAACGUGAGUGCUGCGGUGAAGAAGGUCUGCAAGCGGCGCGGCGUGAAGUGCGGGGUGGAGCGCAAGCAUGACGCGGAGAGCGUGAUGAGCGACCCGGGGGUCAUUGAGGGUAUGAGCGUGGCUGCGGCAGCGGCGGAGCCCAUGCUGAUGGCUGCGCUGACGGACAGCGAGGCGGCUGGUGUGCUCAAGGGGCUGCGCUCGCUGCCCAAGCUGGUCAGCGGGGCGGGACACGACGCCAUGGCCAUUGCGGAGACGAUACCCCGGAUGGGUAUGAUGUUCGUGCGCUGCCGCGGCGGUGUGAGCCACUCCCCCCUGGAGCAUGUGGAGCCGGUGGAUGUGGCGGCGAGCUCCGCAGCGCUCUCCGCCUACCUGUGGGGGCGCCUGGUGGGCGGCAUGCUGGGCAGCUCGGCGCCGGACCCGCGAGUGAGGGGCGAGUUGUGAGCAAUGUACAGGGAGUGGUUUAUGGAAGUGGUGAACAGGUAACGAGCGUGUGCGCGCGUGUAGAUACGUGAAGAAAGGGGGAGACUGGAAUGAGACUGGAAUUCGGAUGGAGAGACACCCAUCUGGUAAAUUGUAACACAGGUGCUACUUACUGUGAUUUUGUGCAUUGUGUAGGAAGCUAUCUGCUUUUGUAGUUGUGAAAGAUUGAUUUGUAUGUGCGGAGGCCCAUGUGCCUAGCUGCCUAUUCCCACUACUGCCGACGGACGGCCGACCGACUGCCAAACUUCCUUGCAGCGCCGCUGAAACUGACUUCUCCUAUGGUAUUUAUUUUAGUUCCCGGUAUAGCUUUCACUGUACAAAAAAGAUGUUACAGUAUCGCUAGCGACGCUAGCACCUGGCAGCAGUCGUGGCAGUUAGGGCUUCAUGUAAUGUCCGGUUCUCGUAAUGUAUGGAAAGGGGGAUGCAUUUUACGUUCAAAGUACAUACUCAUUUAACCCUGAGGCCCUCUUCUGCGAAGCAGUUGGCUUUGCUUGCGUUACAGAAUAGCUUAUAGAAACACCGUGCAAGAGCGCUUGUCUUGAGUGUAGGAAAAAGAAUGGACGUGGCGACGCAGCGACGUGAAAUUGCUUUGUUGUUGGAAAAGAAGGCAACCUUCCAUCAAGGACUCAAGGCGCUGUCCCAAGCAGUUUCGUCGACGUCUACUAAUAACAGCGCUAAACUCUCAGAACUGUUUGAUGUUCUACCAAGAGUCAUGGUAUUGCUUCGAACACGGUACAGCAACCCGACGCAGUGGAAGAUGGCAGCAGAGACUCUUCGCGUUUGCGAGCAGCACUGUGCACAAGCCGACCAAUUAGCGCGUGUUCAAAGCUGUCUCCAGGAAGCUGAGAGCUUCUUGGUGCAACACGACGUUGAGCUCCCACCAGCUGCACUUGCAGCGUCCACGGAGGCAGCGGCAGCAGCAGCCCUGGCGAACGUGCCCAUGGAGGACCUGCUGCUGGGACUGGGUCAGGCGCAAGAGGCCACACCCGCGCACUACGACGACACGGGGCCUAUCCUGGACGACGAGGAGCGGCGGCGGCGCAUCGAGGGCGGCGGUCAGGCCAGCUCAUCUGCCCCAGCCCCAGCAGCAGCAGCUGCAGCUGCAGAGGCUGAGGGAGGCGUUCCGGACAGUAAUGGUGGUGAUGGAGGUGGUGGUGGUGGCAGCGAGACCGCACGUCGCAUUCAGCAGCGAGCCAACCUGCAGGCGGCCAUCCUUGAGGGCAUUCAGGCGGUGUACAGCGGCAUGGCUGCGGUGGCUCGCGGCACGGAGGCCAUCGAGCGCGAGCUGGAUGCGGUCCUGGCGGCGCUGCAGGCGCGAGCGGGGCAGCAGCAGCAGUCGUCGCGGCCGCCCGCGUCGCGGCGGGUGGUGGCGGCGCUGCCUCGCAUCGUGCUGGAUGAGGCGACGCUGCAGGGGCAGCUGGGGAGUGACGCCGUGUGCCCCGUCUGCACGGAGCAGCUGCAGGUGGGCGAGGAGGUGCAGCUGCUGCCUUGCAAGCACAGCUUCCACGUGGGCUGCCUGGCGCCCUGGCUGGCGCAAAACAACUCCUGCCCCGUCUGCCGCACCGAGCUGCCCACAGACGACCCGCACUACGAGUCGCGCAAGGAGCGGGAGGCGGAGGAGGCGCGGGAGCGGCAGGGGGCGGCCAACGCGCUGUCGCACAACGAGUUUGCCUACAUCUAGCAGCUGAGUGCAAACGGUUUUGGAGCAGGCGAGGCGUGCUAGGGUCGGGACGCCAACCACCCAUGAGAUGUAUACCGACGCAUUCUUGGUGCUUUCUAACAUGUAUGUUAUGACCGUCAACAUCCCGCAAGGAUUAACAUAGCCCGCAAGGCCUCCUUGCAAAGGAUAAACGCCUGGUGUCGUCACCAUCGAUAAACACGCGUUUGUAAGACUCUUCUCA